AGUUAUAAACUUUGAAUCUUAUACCAAAUUAAAAAAUGGAAGAAAUCUACGAAAGUGAACAAGAAAUCAAUAAUCAAGCCAUCGUUGCUACUCUUUACGAGGCAUUAGCCAGGGGAAACACCAAAAAUGUAGCUGGAAUCCUAGCCACCGACCUCGAAUGGUGGUUCCACGGGCCUCAAAAUUGUCAUCACAUGAUGCGAAUGCUGACCGGAGAGGCUAUACAUACCGAGUUCAAGUUUGCUCCUAGAAGCAUUACUCCUAUUGGUGACGAGAUAGUGGUGGUUGAGGGGUAUGAGGGAGCAAACGUAUACUGGGUACACGUUUGGGCUCUCAAAGACGGGUUGAUCACCCAGUUUAGGGAGUAUUUUAACACAUGGUUGACGGUUAAGGAGUUGAAAGUAAGGCCCGUUGGGUGGCCAUUUGGUUGGGCAGGGAAGGAUAACCGAUCUACCGUUUGGAGGAGCCAACCUCGAGAUCUUUUCCGACGGUCCUUACCCGGGCUAAUGCUUGCCAUUUGAUCAAUAAUAAUGGUGGGAUUAAUUGGUGCCUGUCACAAAUUACCAAUGCAUUCCUAACUAUCUUAUACUCGUAAUUGUUUGCCACCAUAUAAAUAUAAUUAUUACGUGUAUGUGAAGUCCGUUAGUAAACGUGUGACAUUUUAUCGCAUUCAUAGGACAAUUGCCGUAUUUGCAUUUCGAACAAACAUAUGGAUAAUAAAGAUACGUAUGAAUUCUGUUGUAAA